AUGGACAUUCCAUCGGCCUCCUAUCCCGGGAAGAGCGAGGCGAGCGUUUUCUGUAAGAACAUCCUUUCAUAUCUCCUUACAUAUGGUGAAGAUAUGGUUGGUAACCUGAGCAAAAGCAACAUUAAGCAGUCUGGUGGCGGUACGCAGACAAAAGAAAGACUUGUCAAGAUGUUUAAGCUUCUCUUGAUCAAUCACCAUUUUCCUCACUCCCCUAACCUCAUUCAGAGUAUUCCAAAAUUAGACGGUGCUUCUCGGACGGAUCAUGUCCCAGGAGCAGAAAUCAGUGACCUAGAAUUGCUCUCCGAGCAAGCCAAGCACACCUCGCAGUACUUCAAAAAGACCAAGUGGGUAUAUUGCCACUACAUUGCUAUGAACUGUUUCGCUCGUCUACUUCACUCCAAAUCUCCAUGGAAUUCGCGGAAGCCUCUCAUCAUGCUCAUGCCUAUGAUGGAUCCUUUCUCAACCAGGAAAUCCUCCAGGCUACUUCAUAUCAAUAUGCAAAUUGAAAUAUCGGGACUGUCCCUUGCACACUUGAAAGAUCACCUAGUUGAGGACCAUAGCCUCGCUAACCAUGCACUUGUAUUCAAACUACAAACCCUCAUAUUAGGCCACAAACCCACUCAAAAGUGGCAUUACCGACUACCGACCCUGAACUUUACUCUACUCGCCUCCUUUCUGGAUUUUUCCUUUGGGUUGGCGAAAUUCUGGAGAAAAGAUAAGACCCUGCUGAUCCGAGGAACCAUUUGCAUGAUAGCAGCUAACGAUACAACCAUGAAAUCGCAAAUUCUCAAUAGAUAUUCAUACCCUCCGUAA